AUCAAAAUGAUCAAGGAAUAUGAUUAUUUGUUUAAACUAGUGAUAGUAGGUAACUCAGGAGUUGGAAAAUCAUCAUUGCUACUUAGAUUUUCAGAUGACACCUUUAGUGAUUCCUAUUUAACUACAAUCGGUGUAGAUUUUAGAUUUAAAACUCUCGAAAUUGAUGGCAAAAAAGUUAAAUUACAAAUUUGGGAUACUGCUGGUCAAGAGAGAUUUAGAACCAUUACAAGUGCAUAUUAUAAAGUAUUCAAUAAUAUAUAAAAUAAGGGAGCUGAUGGAAUUGUUUUAGUCUAUGAUGUUUCCUCCCUUGCUACCUUUGAAGACAUUGACAAAUUUUGGAUCAACGAAGUGGAUUCAUAUGCUGAAAAAAAUGUUGAAUUAUUAUUAUUGGGAAAUAAAAGUGAUAUUGAGGAAAAAGUGUAAUUGCCCAUCUCCUCUAUAAUAGAGUAACUACACAAAAGGCCUUAGACUAUGCUAGUAUAAGAAAAAUGGCACAUAUGGAAGUAAGUGCCAAGACUGCUGAUUAAGUCUCUAAAGCCUUUCUAUCUUUAGCUAGAAAAUUGAUAGCCAAAAAGGAUUCUCAAGGAUCAAAAGGAACUGGGUAUCAAUUUUCUUAUUAUUUUAAGGCCUCAAAAAACACAAUAAACACCUGGAUAAAAAAUUGGAUAGCAAAGUGAAGAGAAUAAAAAAGAAAAAGAAGGAUGCUGUUGA